UUACCAGUACGGUAAGUUAAACCACUGGUGAAAGAAUAAGGUCACCUGAUCUGACAAGAGGUUAAUUGGGGUCACAGUAAACGCCGAAUCGAAAUACUCCAUCAACAACACAGGACGCAAAAUCACUGCCAGGGUCAAUACCUAGUUGCUUUGGGUAAUGGUAGCCUUUCAACCUGCAGACGCCGCACUCAUAUCAGAAGAUUAACAUGAAGGCUACCCACCAUUGCAACGUGUUCAAUAUUUUAACUUUCAUGGUUUUACUGAAGUCUGCAGCUUUAACCCGAGAAGAGAAUCCUGGGGAAAGGCCCUCGUCUCUUCUCAAUGUUGUUUUAUCUGAACAGAUGAAUCAACCGCAAAGAACUAUGAUCAAGAGACAGGCGAAUGAUCCAAAUCUGCAGUACAUGAUGAGUCUGUAUUCCAGAGCAGCCGACCUGGACGGGAGGCCCAGGGAGAACAGAACAGUGGGAGCAAACACGGUGAGACUGGUCAAAUCAUCCACAAAAGAUACGCGCUACAGAGCAGGUACAGAUCCCUGGUGUAUGCAUACUGUUGAAUACAAGCUGAAAAUCCUUCCAACAGAGAAACUGGUGAAGGCAGCCAUUGUCCAUUCCCGACCACAGUCUCCUCUACACCGCCAGGUUACCUACCAGCUCAAGUUACUGUCUGAAGAGCCGCCAUUUAAGGACAAGCCUACCACAGAUCAGAAAGAUGGAUGGGUCAUCUCUUUCAAGCCAGAAGACAAGUGGGUGGAGACAGACAUCACCUCCCACAUAGCUGUGCCUGGUGACUCUCUUGGGGGAAGACUGUCUCUGUGUAUACAGUACUCUUGUACCGAAGCGGGAGGAACGAGACGCGCAUCCAGGGUUGAGAAGAAGCCCCGAACAGCUUGCCUGCAGGUUCCGGCCUUGCUGCUUUACCUUAACGAUAGUCAAAAGACUAAUGGGCAGAGUCUCUCCAGCAACCAGAAGGAGGUGCUUCACCAAGAGAAUGAUCACCUGCUCUCCAGGAGAACCAGACAGCUGAGCAACAUUGGCUUGGACAUCCCCAAUUACAUGCACAAGAACAACAUAAGGAGGAAUGAAUGCAAGCUCCAUAUGUUCAGGGUGAGCUUUCACCAGUUAGGGUGGGAACACUGGAUCAUAGCCCCCCACAACUACAACCCGAAGUACUGCAAGGGUGACUGCCCCCGGAUCCUCCAGUAUGGUUACAACUCUCCCAACCACGCCAUCGUCCAGAACUUUAUAAACGAACUGGUAGACAGUGGUGUCCCCAGGCCCUCCUGUGUCCCCUAUAAGUACAAGCCCAUCAGUGUGCUGAUGAUGGAGCAGAAUGGCAGCAUUGUCUACAAAGAGUAUGAAGACAUGAUUGCAGAGUCCUGCACUUGCAGAUAAUGGGACACUAAGAAUGAAGGCUAAAACUAUGAUUCUUCAAAAUGGCAUCCCCCUUCCCUUUCCUUCUCCGCUCACAGUGAAAUCUGUCUUUUUAAACAAUGUUAUCAGCACUUGAAUCCUUUACAUUGUUUCCCCAAGUUUGUCGUGUUUAGACCUGCACUCAACUGUAGCCAUACUUGUGCUAUAGCCGUGCUGCAGGUACAGUGGCUGACUGUUUUUGCUGUAAUCCAGGCCUAAACAAUGCUUGCAUUUAUGAAGGAGACCAUUCUUAAUCAUUUUUAAUUAAUCCUCAAGUGUUGAGGGGGAAUC